GAAAUCAUUCUGUUGCGCGCUUUCUAAGUUGUCGUAGCUUUUCUGCUCUCUCUCCCUCUUGUGCCUUUUUUUGCCUUUUACGCGUAGUGUUCUAUCUUAAUGGCUUUGGCAAUGACCCUAGGUCAAAAGAACAACAUGUAUAACGUAAUUCAACACUCUAUUCCUCAAUCAAACUGUGUUAUAGUGUCUCAACCUCAGAAACAAACAGUGAUUGCCGGUAAAAGACCUUUGGCGCCGGCUCCAGAACGUACUUCCGUCUUAGUGUCAAAUAAUAAUAAUAAUAAUGACCUAAGAUGUAAAAGGAAAAUCCAGUUCAUGCCUUAUGGAACUCCAACUCAACAACCAGCUUCAGUUGCUAGGAGGAAUGCAAGAGAAAGAAAUAGAGUCAAGCAGGUAAACAAUGGUUUUGCCACUCUUAGAUCUCAUAUUCCUCAAAGCGUUUGCCAAUCGCUAUCACCUCAAAACAACUCUAGUAGAGGUGGCUCAAAAAAGCUUUCCAAAGUGGAAACUUUACGUUUAGCAGUAGAGUAUAUCAGAAGUUUGCAGCAACUCUUGGAUGAAAAUGAUGGUGAAAUAUCACCAAAUUCAAGUUCUACUGAACACCAAUCGAUGGCUGAACAAAGAUAUUACAGUAGUUCACCAGAUCCUUCUCACCAAAUUUACCAGAGUUCCUACCCAAUUUUGCUGCCCACCCCUUCGUGUUCUGAAGCAUCAGCCUCGCCAACUCCCAGUCACAGUUCGGAAAGUUCAUUUUCUGCAGCAUCAGCUUACACGAAUGCUCUCUACCACCAUACGGAAAACUAUGAAAAUUAUGAUCCAAAAAGUCCUGAAGACGAGGAAUUGUUAGAUGCUAUAUUUUCAUGGCAGCAAGAAUAAUGGUGUUGUGGGAAAUCUUCUUAAAAAAUAAGGUUGUGCAAGUUUUGGCCAGUACAACAAAAACUGAAUCCAGUGUGCCUUACAAGAUAACUCCAUUCCAGUGAGAAGUGAUAAUUUUUUGUAUUUAUUAAUUUUAUCACUGUUUUGUCUAGUCAUUGUUACUGUAUAUAGUUUGUACAUAUUGUUUAUAAUUUUUAAAGUCUAAGGGCAACAAAACGCUUUUUUUUGUAUUUCUUUUUAGAAAUUUUAGUAAUGGUAUAAUCUAAGAGGUAAAAGUAAAACUGUUAUUUAAAAAAUAUUCGAUUGCAAUAUAAUUGUUAGAAAUAAUUUGACAUAUGCUCUCUAGUAUGACCUAAAUGUUAAAAAAAAGUUGUCAAGCUAUUAUGUGAAAUCAUUAACUAUUUCGUUUUUUCCUAUUUUAUUUAUAAUUUUUAUGAUUCGAA